AGACUUAUUGAUGAAAAUAACGACCAAACUGGGGCGUGCAGUUAUGUACAGUAGGAUUACUAUUUAAAUACUGGUGAUUUGAUGUCACAUUUGCUAAACCAUUCCCAGGCUUUUAUUCCAAACCUAUUUUUGAAAAUAUAUAGAUUCUUUUUUUUCUUUUGUUUAUUGAGGAGCUGGUUCAUGAUUUAAGGGGCUGUUUUUGGUCACUUCCUUUUUUUCCCUAUCUGUGAUUUAGGGAUUGGAGGCUGAACACACUUGUGCAAUAAUUGAGCAAUCUCCUUUUCUCUCUCUCUUAUGAAAUCCACAGCCCCUUCUCUGUAUAACAGUGUAGCUGUCUGCAGUGCCUCGCUCUAUUUGGUGGUUCAGAGUAGAAGGUUAAAAUGCACAUGAUAACGAGAAGCGGCGUCCUACUGUUGUGGUCGCAAUUAAUGACUUUUGUAACAUGCCAAGACUGUACACUUGAACAGUUUAAGAAAAGUCGUCACUUUGAUUUAAAUUUUGACAUAAGUGGUUUACAAGCCACUUACAGCGGAGGAAAACAAGUGAGAGUUCCCUGCAAUCCUGGCUAUACUGGCUUUUUCAAGAUGAUCUGUUCUGAGGGGAGAUGGUUAUCUUCUAGCCCUAAAUGUGAAGUGAAAUCAUGCGGACAUCCCGGAGAUGCACAAUUUGCAGAUUUCCGACUUGUUGUCGGAGAUGAUUAUGUGGUUGGAUCUGAAAUUGUUUAUGAGUGCAACCCAGGUUAUCACAUGGUGAGUCGGUCAAGCCACAGGCGCUGCUUGCCAGAAGGCUGGGAUGGCAACAUUCCAGUGUGUGAAGCCACAAAAUGUCCAGCCAUUCAUGCAGAUAAUAAUGUACAGAUUUUAGGGGAUGCAGAAGAAGCCACCUCUGGCAAUGUUGUUCGGUUUAGCUGCAAGUCAAGUGCUGAAAUCUUGGAUGGAUCACAAGAGAUUUAUUGCAAGGCUGAUGGAGAGUGGAGUGGCCCGGUUCCAAAAUGCAAAGCAAUAAGAUGUUCCGUCCCUCAUAUUGAACAUGGCCGUGUGCGUGGUGCCGCUCAGGAGUACAAAGAACAAGAAAUCUUAGAUUUUACAUGUGAUCCUUCUUAUAAACGGGCUAAUGAUAGAACUCCAAGAUGCACAAAAUUUGCAGGAAAAGGAGACUGGAGUCCCACACCUGCAUGUAUACUGAUUAAAUGUGAACUGCCUUUGGCAUCAAUCCCUGGGACAACCUACAACCCUCCAUACAAAAACCUGUUUUCACCUGGAGAAAAAGUGAGAGUCUCAUGUGGGGAGAAAUACUGGAUUCUGGACACAAAAACAACUGUGGCUGAUUUUACUUGUGGAAUCAAUGGAAACUGGAAUACAGAUAUAGUAUGCCAAGAGGUUACAUGCCCACAAUACAUACAAGAAGAACAUUUGAAUUAUGCUGUUGACGCUUGGGGCAGAACCAAAUUAGGUGACAGAGUACGAUAUUCCUGUGACCGGAACUCCGAUCCUGGAAGUUCAGAUGGAAUGGCGACGUGUACCAGAGACGGAUGGACACCAAAACCACUUUGUCGUGGGAGACAGUGUGCAAAGCCUAACAUUGAAAACUCCAGAAUUACCAGCAAUAAUAGAAAAAUUUACUCCGACGGUGACCGACUCACAUACCAAUGUGUGAGAGGGAAUCAGAAACCUGUUACCAUUACCUGUAAUCGAGGAGCCUGGAAAGGGAUACAGCAAUGUCCAGAUGAGCCACGUUGCCAGAAACCUGAAAUUACAAAUGGAUUUGCAGUUGAACCCAGACCAGGCACAAUUUACUACGCCUGUAAUGAAAAUUUCAAACUUCCUACCAAAGGCUGGUGGGGUCAUGCCAAAUGUAAAGAUGGUGGGUUUGGCCAACUUCCUUCAUGUAUAGCAAAGACAAUGUGUGGAGACCCUCCUGCUAUUUCCAAUGGAAAAGUGACAGUUUCAGGGACAAUUGGUAGGAUUGAAUGUAAUAAAGGAUACAUUGGAGAGAUUCCUGAACUAACUUGUGUUAAUGGAAGUUGGAAUUCUGGUGACUUUGGACCAAAAACGAUCUGCCGUGCAACUCCUGAAAACUGUGGCCCACCACCCAAAGUUGAGAAUGCAAUUGUCAACGUUCCAUACCGGGAAAAAUACUCGGAUGGCUUCACUGUGACCUAUCAGUGCCGUCACAAGUAUAUAAUGCAGGAAGAAGCCACCAUUACAUGCAGAACUGGAACAUGGGAAAAGAGAAACAUCACAUGUGUCCCUUCUUGUGAGCAGCUCAAUGACACCCGACUGAGAGUGACGACAGACACGAUUAAAGAAACAUACUUGGCAGGAGAUGUGGUUCAAUAUGAGUGCACUGCGCCUGGUGCCAAUAGACAAGGCAGCGCAACAUGUGAGAAUGGCAAGUGGACAAAAUCUGAAGAAUGUCCAGGCAUCCCUUGUGAAGUUGACACAUUGGGUGUCGGACUGGUAUAUUUGGGAAGUGCACCCCGAAAUAAUCGAGUGAUGCCUGGAGAGAAAUUCCGUUUUUUGUGUGGAGAUGAGUAUGAUAUGGAGGGUUCUGAUGAAGUUCAGUGUUUAGACACGGGGAAGUGGAAUCCCCCUUUUCCAACCUGCUCUGAGAAAUGCAGAAUACCAGAACUACUCAAAACUGUUCGCAUCGUUUCAUCUGUACAAGGGGAUUUUAUAAGUAAAGGAGAUAUAUUGUCAUUUGCCUGCCGUCAACAAGAUCACAUCAUGCAAGGGAAUUCAACAAGUAGCUGUUUGGGAAACGGAAAGUGGAGCAACCCGCUACCUCAGUGUGCAGCUGCUGUACAUUGUUCAGCACCACCAACUCUUGAAGAUGGAGACACCAAAUUAUUCAUCAGCUCAGCUACAGUUUAUCAAACUGGUGACAGAAUUGAAUAUAUCUGUGUGGAUAAGUACACUAUGUAUGGUGACCCAUUCAAAACCUGUGAUAAUGGUGUAUGGAAAGGAGACAUGAGAUGCCUCAAACCCUGCACUGUGAACGAGGAAUUAAUGCGUCAACAUGGUAUUAUUUUUAGACAUGGUUCUGACAAUAAGAUGUAUGCACCACAUGAGGAUCACCUCACAUUUCGUUGUGUAAGCCGUAAAAGUCUAGUUGGCACUGUGCCGUUCCGUGUUCAGUGUAAUGAUGGUCAGAUGACCCUGCCUACCUGCCAGUAAAAGUUUCCAGUGACCUAGAUAUAGACGUGUAAUCACAAAAAUAUGUAAACUAGUUUGGAACGUCAAAGUGCUGAAAAUUAAACAAAUAAAUACUGCAUUGUAAAACAAGAAAAUACAUUAAUAAAUAAUGGAUAAAGAUAUGACAAUGAAAUUGUGAAAUAGCUGAAAGAAUAUUAAAUUUUAUGCUCAUUAUUGUGAAAUAUUAUUCAUUCUUUUUUAAUAUGUGCUCAUUCAAAUAAAACAUUUUACUGGGAUUUUUACCCCAACAGUA